UCAGGUUCCUCUCUGACGAUUCUUUUAUACAUACCUAGGGAGUAUGUAUUAUGUGCAAGCUAUCCUGACUAGGGAUAACAGCGUAAAAUAAUUGAUGACCGAUCUCGUUUUGUUGCGUCGUUGUUGGAUUGUAGAAUUUCAAUGCGUAAUCUGUGAUAUUACACGUUUAUCAUGUCUGCUACGAUUAUACAUAAAUUUAUAACUUUUGUAGGAUUUAUGUCUAUAUUACAUGCGGCUUAUUCUGCGGCACAGCACCGUUCCUACUUGCGGAUCACCGAACAAGAGUUUACCACUUUGCCAAUUGACAUUUUAAUCCAAGGCAUAGCCAGUUUAUUUAUCGUUAUGUAUGGCGUUAUGUAUAUUGCUGGCGAUUUUAAAGAGAUUCGAGCAGUUGUCGAUUUGGAGAAUAAAUCUUGGGAGACACUGCGAAAUCUACCAUCAUUCCAAGUAUUUAAUCACCGUGGAAGAUCUCUAUCCCCAGAAUAUAUUCAAACAUAGAAGAAUGUACAUUUUUUUAUAUCAAAUCAUCGAUAAAAGUAAUAGAUACAUCCAAUUAUUUAUAUUGUUUGUAAAAUCGCCUAUAGAGUAGCGAAGACUUAUUAUAAUUUGGAAAUAUCAAUUUAUUUAAUGUGAUUUAUUAAUAUAUUAAAAUUAAUAAAUAUAUCACUUUUAAAAAGA